UAUUCCUUCACAAAUAAGUAAAACCAUCAACCAUGGCUACUCCCAACAAUGAGUGGCUCCAAAUUUACCAAAAUAACCUCACCGGAACAUCACAACCCUCGACCCUGCAGUGGUCCGGUCAUGUCACCAACGCCACAACAGUCACCACCACCACCACUACCGCCAGUAGUGUAUCUAAUGAUACAGAGGGCCGUGUAACACGUCCCACCAACAACGGUCGCAGGUCCAGCAGGACUUCACGGAGGACCCCAACCACCUUACUUAAUACUGACAUCACCAACUUCCGUUCCAUGGUCCAACAGUUCACCGGACGUGAUGGUUCAACGGCGUUUAUGGAUGCUCCUGCAACUAUUACAGCUCCUCUUCAACCUUCGAGCAGUUACGGUGCUAAUUCAUCCAGUUUUCAUUAUUAUGGGAUGGAGUCAAGGAUUUCGCCGCCUGAUGUGGGUGGUUAUAACGUGGAAGUACAGCAACCACCGCCCCAGCAGUACUACACAAUGGCGGUGGGUAACCGUGGAGCUGGUGGUGAUAUUCAUCAUGGGUUUGUGCAGAGGGUUCAAGACCAUAACGAGGUUGCAAACUUUUCCGGUGAGAAUAACGAUGGUGGCAAGGACAAUACUUGCAUGUUCUAAGAUUUCAUGAAAAAAAUAAUAAAUAAUAAAAGAUUCGUUAGGGUUUUCUUUCUCUAAAUUUCUUUACAGAAAUUAGUUUUUUUUUUUUUCUUUUUUCGGUAAUUUAAUAUGUCGAUGGAUGUAUUUCAUAUUUGAUCUUUGUAUAUAUUACUUCUUUUUUGACUUUGCUAAAUUUAUUCAAAGAAUCAUUAGUCA